GCACUAUAGUAUAGUUCUGCAUAGCUUAAUGUACCUUCUUAUUGCUUUUCUGUAAAUGAUUCAUACGAAUAAUCCUGUUUAUUACAGGGACAUGACACCACGUCGAUGGCUAUAUGUUACAUUAUACAACUUCUUGCGGAGCACAAGGAUAUUCAGGAAAAGGCAAGGAAAGAGAUCGAUGAAAUAUUGAAACAAAAUGAUGGAGAAGUGACGAUAACGGAAAUCCAACAGUUCGCCUAUCUUGAUCGUUGCAUCAAGGAGUCACUGCGUCUCUAUCCCAGCGUGCCAUUCAUGUCCCGAAAACUAUCCGAAGAUCUUCAAUUAAAGAAUUAUCUGAUACCUGCUCGAUCAACGGUGCAUAUACAUACCUAUGAUCUCCAUAGGGAUCCAAAUUUUUGGCCUGAUCCUUUGGUGUUUGAUCCUGAUAGAUUUCUGCCAGAGAAGAUACAGGGUCGACAUCCGUUUUGCUAUUUGCCGUUCAGCGCGGGACCUCGUAAUUGUAUUGGCCAGAAGUUUGCGAUGCUGGAGCUGAAGGCUAUUGUAGGCCUGCUGCUGCAUAAUUUCUACUUAGAAGUAAUCGAUCGCCGUAGCGAGAACCGCUUUCUAGCUGAUCUGGUAUUGAGACCGGCUCAUCCUAUUCGCGUAAGGUUUGUUACCAGACGAAAGUGAAGCAACGAUGAGACGGGAUAAUAAGUGUAUACUAUAUCACUUUACGUAUUCGGGGAUCUUCUCAAUAUAUUAGUUUCACUUGGGUGCAUCAGCAUCCAGGGUUGAUCAUCUCAAGAUUUUUGUAGGGACGCUAUUUUGUUAUACUUUAGUUGUCUUACAACGGAAAAGGAUUUGUACCUAUCAAACAUUAUUAUUAUAUCAAUGAAUAAAAAUUAAUUUUCACUUGUGCUGAUA